GUUUCACACUAUGUGCUGACUGUCUGUACUUACGGAAGAUAUUUAAAAGCAAGCAAAAACAUUUUUUCCAAGAUUUUGAUUCCAGUGGAAUCUGCUCUUUUUAGAUUUUGUCUAGUGAAUUAAUUCCUGAAGCAAUGCCUGUACAAGCUCCACAAUGGACGGAUUUUCUCUCCUGCCCAAUUUGCACACAGACUUUCGACGAAACAAUCCGGAAACCCAUCAGUUUGGGCUGCGGUCACACUGUCUGCAAGAUGUGCCUCAACAAGCUCCACCGUAAGGCAUGCCCCUUUGACCAGACCACUAUCAAUACAGAUAUUGAGCUCCUUCCUGUGAACUCAGCAUUGCUACAGCUAGUGGGCGCUCAGGUUCCUGAACAGCAGCCAAUUACUUUGUGCAGUGGAGCUGAAGACACCAAACAUUAUGAGGAAGGCAAGAAGUGUGUAGAAGAGCUAGCGUUGUACCUCAAACCACUCAGCAGUGCAAGAGGUGUAGGUCUGAACAGUACCACUCAAAGUGUAUUGAGUCGUCCCAUGCAAAGGAAACUUGUGACAUUAGUCCACUGCCAACUAGUAGAAGAAGAAGGGCGGAUCAGAGCCAUGCGUGCAGCAAGGUCACUGGGUGAAAGAACAGUCACAGAGCUUAUCCUUCAACAUCAGAAUCCUCAGCAACUCUCUUCCAAUCUCUGGGCUGCAGUGAGGGCUAGGGGCUGCCAGUUUCUUGGGCCAGCAAUGCAAGAAGAAGCCCUGAAGUUGGUCCUUCUGGCUCUGGAAGAUGGAUCUGCUUUGUCGCGAAAGGUCUUGGUUCUUUUUGUGGUACAGCGACUGGAGCCACGAUUUCCUCAAGCUUCUAAAACCAGCAUUGGGCAUGUUGUCCAGCUCCUUUAUAGAGCCUCCUGCUUCAAGGUUACCAAACGUGAUGAGGACUCCUCCCUGAUGCAGUUGAAGGAGGAGUUCCGAACCUAUGAGGCUUUGCGGAGAGAACAUGAUUCUCAGAUUGUGCAGAUUGCCAUGGAGGCAGGUUUACGGAUUGCACCAGAUCAGUGGUCCUCACUGCUGUAUGGAGACCAGUCCCACAAAUCCCACAUGCAGUCCAUCAUUGACAAGUUGCAGACCCCGGCCUCAUUUGCACAGAGUGUUCAAGAACUAACCAUUGCUCUCCAGCGUACUGGAGACCCAGCCAAUCUGAACCGGCUUCGACCUCAUUUAGAGCUCCUGGCUAACAUCGAUCCUAGUCCAGAUGCUCCAUCCCCAACUUGGGAACAACUGGAAAAUGGACUAGUUGCAGUAAGGACUGUGGUACAUGGACUAGUUGAUUACAUCCAGAAUCACAGCAAGAAAGGAACGGAUCAGCAACAGCCUCCUCAGCACAGCAAGUAUAAAACAUACAUGUGCCGAGACAUGAAGCAAAGAGGGGGGUGUCCCCGUGGGGCCAGCUGUACCUUUGCACACUCGCAAGAGGAGCUAGAAAAAUUUCGUAAAAUGAACAAACGUCUGGUUCCCAGAAGACCCCUGAGUGCCUCCUUGGGUCAGCUCAAUGAGGUGGGCCUGCCUUCAGCAGCUAUCCUCUCAGAUGAAGGGGCAGUGGACUUGCCCAGUAGAAAAUCCUCUGCCCUGCCGAAUGGAAUUGUGUCAACGGGCAGCACAGUGGCGCAGCUUAUCUCACGAGGGACCGACUCCAGCUAUGAUUCAGCUCUGAAACCAGGGAAGAUCGAUCACCUGAGCAGCAGUGCCCCUGGAUCCCCUCCUGACUUGCUGGAGUCUGUCCCUAAGAGCUCACUUCCAGCCUUACCAGUGAACCCACAUCCUGUGCCCACUAGAGGUCCAGCAGACCUGCCUCCGAUGUCUGUCUCCAAGCAGAUGCAAAUGGUUCCACGAGGGUCCCAGUUAUAUCCUGCUCAGCAACCAGAUAUGUUUUAUCAGGAUCCUAGAGGAGCUGCCCCACCCUUUGACCCAGGACCUUAUCAACAAGGAGUGUACUAUUCUACUCAGUCCUCGCAGUGCAUGCCUCGUUUCGUCCGACCUCCAUCAGCUCCUGAACCUGGUCCUCCUUAUUUAGAGCAUUACCCGGCUUAUCUCCCGGACCGCGUGGUGAACUCCCAGUACACGCCACCACAACAGUAUCCUCCAAUGGGGCAACCCAUUUACCCACCACACUAUGACAGUCGUCGUGUGUAUCCCCCUGCUCAACCAUACCAGCGAGAAGAUAUUGUCAGAGGAAGCCCUGUGCCCAUUGAAAUUCCCCAGACAGCUGUGCCUCCAUAUGUACAGGAAUCCAGGGACAGAUACCAGCAAAUGGAGGGUUAUUGUCCAGUGGCUCCACAUCUUGGUCAGAUCAGACCUUCAUGCCACAGAGAGCCUUGUAAUAGAUUUCCAUCUUCACCUCAGCCCCAUCCCAGUCUGGAUGAGCUUCACCGCCGACGGAAGGAAAUCAUGGCCCAGCUAGAAGAGAGGAAGGUGAUCUCCCCACCUCCCUUUGCACCCUCGCCAACUCUGCCUCACACUUUCCACCCAGAGGAGUACUUGGAUGAAGACCUGAAGGUAGCUGGGAAAUACAAAGGAAAUGACUAUAGUCAGUACUCUCCCUGGUCAUGUGACACCAUUGGCUCCUACAUUGGAACCAAAGAUGCAAAACCCAAAGAUGUUGUGGCAGCAGGGAGUGUGGACAUGGCGAAUGUAGAUAAUAAAACCAUUCGUGAUCAGCGGUUGGACAUGCAGAGAAGAGCAGCAGAGACGGGGGAUGAUGACCUCAUCCCAUUUGGAGACCGGCCAACUGUAUCGAGGUUCGGGGCCAUCUCGCGUACUUCCAAAGCGAUGUACCAGAGUUCUGGCCCUAUGCAGGCCAUGGCAGUUCAGGGAGCUUCCACCAAAUCUAUGAACAUAUCAGAUUACAGUCCAUAUGGAACUCAUGGUAGUUGGGGAAGUUCUCCAUAUUUACCCCAUCAAAAUAUACCUUCUCAGGGACGGUUCAGUGACAGGGAGAGGUUAUCCAUGUCAGACAUUACUGGUCAUGGGAAACCUUUGCCCUCAGCUGAGAGGGAGCAGCAGCUCAGAUUGGAACUGCAGCAGCUAAACCAUCAGAUCAGCCAGCAGACACAACUGAGAGGACUAGAGGCUGCUAGUAACAGGCUGCUGUUGCAGAGGGAGGCGACUACCCUGGCAGGCCAGCCACAGCCCCCACCGCCACCUUCUAAGUGGCCUGGAAUGAUCUCAAGUGAACAGCUGAGUUUGGAGCUUCAUCAGGUGGAGAGGGAAAUUGGGAAGAGAACUCGUGAGCUGAGCAUGGAGAGCCAGUCUUCACUGGAUAUGAAAAGCAAAUUGGGCACCAGUAAACAGACAGAAAAUGGACAGCUAGAGCCGCAAAACAAGGUUCCGGCUGAAGAUCUGGCACUGACAUUCAGCAGUGAUGUUCCAAAUGGAUCAGCCUUGACACAAGAGAAUAUCAGCCUCCUUUCAAACAAGACCACAUCUCUGAGCCUGACAGAGGACCCAGAGGGUGGAGGAGACAGCCAUGACUCCCAGCGAACAGGAGUUACACCCACCUCUGCUCCAUGAAGUGAAGAAAGCAUCUCCCAGAAGUUCCGCUGGGGGGUGUUGGUUGCUUUUGUCAUGUUCACUUCCAGGGGUGAUCAGAGAAACCCAAGAAUAACAACAGCAGCAGCAGCGAGUCCGGAGGCAAUGUGCAUAAACACCACUCCUAGAAACAAACCCUGCACAUAGUUCACAUUAAUGCGUUUUUUAAUUAAAAAAAUGAAAAUUAGCAGUAUCUGCAAGCAAUUCAAAUUAAAUUUGUUUUUGUUCUGUGAAUGAACUUUAUUUUAAUAACAUUGGACGCCUUGGAUCCCAGGGCUUAAAAAAAAGAUAUUAUAUAUAUAUACUCUGUUUGAUUAAUUGUAUGAUCUUAAUGAAGUAGGUUUUUUCUUUUACUUUGUAUUAUUACAUAUCCAGUGUAUAAUUUCUUACACCUUCACUUCUGAACAACCAAAACAACCUGGCCACUUCCUUGUAUGAAUUUAAAGGUGAAUGAGGGUCAUGAAAUGGAGGGAGGCCAUAAAUUGCAGUAUCAGAAAAAUGUGCAGCAAUCUUCAUUUCUGAAAGAAUUUCUCUUUAAGUAGGAACUCUCUCCUAACUUACACAGUACAUCUUUCUGACUAUACCUGUUGGCUUUAAACAGCAGUCAAUACAAUCUUCUCAGUUCAGUGUAAGCAUUCCAUAACACCUACCCCAUUACAAAAUGUAUAUCCUAGUGUAUGAGUUAACCAACAGUAAAGAGAAUUCAGCGUUUGCACAUCAUUUUACUUGGACUAGGAGCUAGUAUAAUGCAUCAUUUUGUUGUUGGGACUAAAAAGUUCCUUGCAAGACAAGUAGGCCUAAACUAAUCAAAACUUACAUGCUUUGGAUUUCCAAGAGAAAUUGAAGAAGUUGCAUUUCUUGCUCCUGAGCUUUAAGUACUUGGCUAACAAGUGGUUGUCAUGGUGUAACAUGACAGGCUACAAAAUGUCUCUUCCUAGAAAAAGGAAGAAAGACAACACAUAUGUUAUGGAAGGAAAAUAACUAAAAAUCAAUUUGCAAAGACUUGCUGCCAUCCAUUAUUUAGGAAGAUGAAAGUUUCCUCUUUUUUCUUUUCUUUUUUUAAAUGAAUGGGAUGAUAUCAAGGUUUGUCUCAAAGAAACGGACCAUUUAUUAUGGAGCUGAUCCACAACCCAUUGAGCUAAACUAGUGAAAAAACUUCCAUUCCUUUAUGAGCUUUGGAACAGGGCUUUCAUUUGUAUAUUUUUUUCAAAUUUAAAAAAAAAAACCCACCCCUGCCUGCCUUCCAUGUUUUUGUCACUGCUGCUCAUGUAUGUAUGUAUGUAUGUAUGUAUGUAUGUAUAUAUACACCACUGAUAUAUACAUAUAUAUGUCUUAUGCUUUUAUAAUUUGCUAUUCCCAGUCUGAUAUUUUUUAUAGUCCCUAGUAUGUCGGUCAUUUAUUUUUGGCCUUGAAGUUUUCUUGCAGGAGGAGACGGAGAAUGUAAAAUUGAUGUGUAAUAGAUUUGGUAAUUGGCAAUUUGGUGAAAAUAAAGGAGGCACUUGGUUAGCUCAUAUAUACUAUAAUUAGGCAGCAAUGGCUGAAAGUUCAGUGUCAUGGAAUCCUUUCAGGAGCAAGCUGUCUUUUUUUUCUGUUGAAGUUUCAUCCAAAAAUUAUUCUUCAGGUGUAAUUGUAAUACUGUCAGAAACAUUUACAGGUACUUGGAAGUUGAGAAUUUUUAUGACAAAUGUAAUCUUCUCCAUCUUCCGUAGAAGGUGGACACUAAGGAGAUACUUCCUUAAGUGGAAUAUGUUAACAGCAUUUUUAAAGAAGUUACAAACCUUCCCAGCUGUGUGUUCUAUUGAGGAGUUCUCCUAAAAGGUCACAGAAAUGAAUGAGGUUUUGCUGCACAUAUUUUGACCUUUUCUGCCUGUACUGGGCUGAGAUCCUCUGAAUGGAAAGCUCAAUACUGGUUCCUCCUAUUUCCUUGUUUUCCUUUCGGGACUAGACUACUAAAAAGAAAGCACUGGUUAUGUAAUAAAAUUACUGCAUUGCUUUGGUUGGGUAAAGCAAGAGUUAAUAAUUUUCUUGGUUUUUCUUUUUUCUCUCUUUUUUUGGUUUAGGGUUUUGUUUUGUUUUUCUUCCCCCUUAACUCCUGCUGAGGUCAUAGCAACCUUGGGCUAAGCUUUGCAUCCAUCAUAAUGUUAAUUAAAAUAAAUUUGGGGGGGAAUACAGUCCCACUAUUGCCUACCAGUAGGAGAGUCCAAACAGAAGACUCUUUUGAGUAGCGAUUAUUUAAUUUGCCCAGUCAAGGCACCGCAUUUAUACUAUUUCACAUUGAAUUUGAUUAUGCCCUACAGACCUGGCUGGUCAAGGAUUUGAUACACAUAUUGGCUUGGGAUUCGAGCUUUCUUUUUUAUUUAAAUGAAAUUUAUAUAUAAACAUAUAUAUACAGAUAUACAUAGUUAUAUCUGUAUAUAUAUUGGGUAUGUUUUAAGAAUUUUUUCGCAUGAGCGCAGCUGUUGUGAUCAAAUGUCUGGGAGGAAGAAGCACUGAACAAAGAUAAGGCAUUUUCAGCUCCCCUCCAAACUCUCUACAUUCAUGCACAAGUUUUUCAUUCUUGGUUGAAUUUUAACAUCUUUAUUGCCAGAGAAGGUAGUUUUGAGGUUUUAUUAAUUUUUUUCCUUAAUUUGUGGUGAAGAAUCUUUUCUGCCCUGAAUUCUUUCCAUCCCUGCUACUUUCCCCUAGUCAUGCAUGUUUGCGCUUCACAUCCUGCUUUGAAGCCUUUUGGUAUGGUCCUUAUCUUUCCAUGAGGAAGAUCAGGCCAUCUCUGUGGAAAACUUGUCUGCUCUGUUCCUUCAGUCUCCCCGGUACCAUAAGCUUUGUGCAGUCUUGGCAUUGUGCUGGUAAAUGAACUGACGUGGGGGCCCAUGCUAUUGUCUGCAGUCUUUAAAUGCAGAGACCUACCAGCAGGUCUGCCAUCACUUCAUUAAUUUUUAUGAAGCUGAUCAUCUGCUACGUCCUUAUUAAUGCUGGAGCACAUUUUAGUUGCAACAGUUAGUGCACUAUUUUAAUCUAGGAGGACAAGCUCCAAGUACAGUUAUUGUCUCUCAGCUACAGAAAUCAACUUUACAUAAAAGGUUUUAGUGUCUUGUCACAGCAAAUUCACCUUAAAUCUUGAAGAAGAAGAAUCUGGUCCAUCAUCACUUGUGCCAACUGGUUUCCUAUUCAGAACUGACCUGAUUGUUUCUAGGCCUAGGGGAAAUAAAACACUACAAUAAGAACAGGUCAGAUCAUCAAGGUUAAACGCUUCUCCAUUUAUGGAUUUGAAAGGGGACCUUAAUGUUGAUUUUUGUUUUUCCUCCCUCACCACAUUUUACUGUACUUUGUGCAUAGUGUCCUUGUGAUGAUCAAUCAGUCCAGGUGAAUGCCCUGUUUGCACAGCAUUGUAGUUUGGCUUAUUAACUGUUUUUUGUUUAAUUAUCUACAAACUGUAUUGAUUCUGGCUUUGUUUCCUCUUCUCCUGUUGUCCUUUCCCAGUGUUUCUUUACAGAACUUUAGCUGCUGAAACCAGUCAAAUAGGGAAUCAGAAAAAGGCUUUAAAUCUUUAUGGAGGUUGUAUAAAACUUUCUUUCUAUGAAAAAUGCCAGAAGAGCUGGGAGAAUUGAUAACUGUUCACAUUGUAUAAGAGGUGAUUGUGAAGCAGACUGAAUUUCACAGUUCUGUCUGUAUUGACCACUUUUUUGUUGACUCCUUCACUUGUGCCCCAUGUCCUUCACCCGCGCCCAGUCUCUGUUCCAGCUAUACUGGAAUUCUACCUACUUUGGUCAAAUGAAACCCUGCUAAACCCUGGUUUUAGAUCCUGCUCAGACAAGAGUAAACCGUAUUACAAUGGUGCUUGAACACUAUUAUUGUGUGGUAGGUAAAAUAGAUUUCUUCAUGCAAAUAGCACCUUCAAGAGGACUUCGGUAGCCUGGUUUCAGUUACAGCGGAGACAGUCUGUGGGGGCAAACUGGGAAGCUUCAAAUGGCAGGCUAGGGUACACAGUGCCAGAUAUAAAUUAUUGGCCCACUCUAGUUUAGAAACAUUUAAUUUGUCCUGUAGUAGCAUAGGUGACUUUAUUACCCCAACACAUACUUCUUAUUCAUUUCAUGUGACCUAAUUCAUUAACAGUAUAAAUCUGUAAGUUCACUUUUGUAAGCUGCCAUAUCCUAUUUCAGAAUAGAAAAUAGAAAUCCUAUAGAUCUGAGGACCUUUCAGUCUUGCAGUACUGUUACCCGCCUUAACCUCAAAUUCUUUUUAAGCUGUCGGCUUCUCCUGAACCUGAUUCUCUCCCUCUUUCUUUCCUUCUAUGGUUUGCCCAUUAUUCUCCCUGAUCGUGCAACAGUGACAGCUUGCUGCCUCAAAACAGAGCAUUCAAAUGAAUUCGCUUAGCCAAUAACUUCUGUGAAGUUGCCUUUUCUAAUGGUGUUAUUACUCAGUGAUGCACAAAUGUGAUAUUGCCCCUACUGGUAGGCAAACGGGAUCUGUAUAAACAUGGUAAACUGUUGUUUUUCUUUAAUGGAGAGCCAAAGACUUGUGCUUUACACUUUACUUUUUUUCUUUUACUGGAAUAGUCAUUUUGGUUGUGAAAUAUUUUGAGUUUUGAGAGUUGACUGUAUUAUCCUAAUAGAAAUUUGCAAAGUUGUUGAUUGUCAAGCCUUAUACAUAUUUAAAAUAAUGGGAAGUCAUCACUUCAUCUGGUUGCACAAUAUGUGAAGGGUGUGUUUAAGCACCUAAUGUGUUUGGAGAUUUUUAACUUGUUCUUAUAUCCACUCCCAUGCACUCUCCCAGCCCAGGAUAAUUUACAGGUAGGAGAAAGGGCUUAGAAGUGUCAGUAGUCAAGCCAUGUCUAUAAAAAUUAAGCCUAGACUAAUGUGUUGAUAGCUAGCUUAAAGUUAAAAUUACUAAAAAAAACAAAACAAAAAAGAAAUGCUGGUGAAAGGCAAGUCCGUAUUGCAAAUGUGACUUUUUGCUGACUUCCAAAGAAGUCCAUUUAGACUGAGAAGAUUUUAUAGCAUUAUGUUAAAUCUGAUAUGGUAGAAGCAGACUUUUAUGCAAGGAUAUUGCCUGUUGACAACAAGAAUUUAAUAUUAUCUGUGACACAUUCAUUGAACCACAAAAAAUAGGAAUGAGCUGUUUAAUAUGAUAUACAGUAAAGCCAUUUAUUUCUACUUUCCUUGAGCUCAUUUAUUCUCUUGCAGAUUGUUCUUAGGGUUCAGAGAGGAAUCCUUAAGCAAUAAAAGUAACAAAGCCAUCACCUUCUUGCUGUUUCCAUUCAUGAGUGCAGAACCUCUAAAAAAUAAAAAAUAAUAAAAUAAAAUAGCAGCAGCAGUUUCAGGUCUGUAAUAAGUAUGUAACUACAGGGGUAGCUUUCAUAAGAAAAAGAAUCCUGUCAAAAAGAUAUAUUCAGUUAAAUAACAACAAACUCGAUUCUUAGGGUUCAUGAUAAUAAGUGCAAAACGUCAGAGGGUUC